GAGUACGACCUGCGCCGGAAGCAGCGCGAGGCGGAGAAGCUGGAUGAGCAGCCGUAUGUGGCCGAGAUCACGCUCAUCGAGCAGACCAUCAAGUACUGCAAGGGCCUCGUUCAGUCGAAGGUGGAAGAGAAGAAGGACGAGAAGAAGGAGGUCGCAUACAACAACCCAGACGGUGCCGAGAUCCUGCUGCGCAAGGAAGAUCGAGACGAGGAGUUCUACUUCGCCCCCACCAAGGCUGGCAAGAAGGGCAAGGCCAAGAACAAAGGUGGCGACGCAAAGCCCAACAAGAUCACCCACAAUGCAGAGACCUUCCGCCUCUUUGAUCAGCUGAAGCUGGACGCGCCGCUCUCAACGGAUCAGGUGCCAGGCUUGCUGGAAGAGUUGGAGAAGCAGCUUGGAGAGUUCCAGGGCAAGGUCAAGGAAUGGGAAGAGAAGCGCGAGGAGAUGAAGAAGGCUAUUCUCGAGGGCCUCACGGAGAUUGAGCAGAACAAGGCAGCCCGGGAGGCUGACGAGAAGGAAGAGGCCGCUGAGGAGACCAAAGAGGAAGAAAAGGCCGAAGAGACCAAGGACGAGUGA